AAACACUCCACAGCCAUGUCCGUCGCCGCAGCCGACUGGCUCCCGUCCGCGACCGUCACGGCGUCCGGCCGCCCGGUGCUGUCCGCCGGCGAGAUCGAGAGGCACCUCCUCCCGCUCGUGGACCUCGAGCCCGAGGAGAACCCCAGCCGCGCGCCCCUCCGCGGCUGCCUCCUCGCGCUCACCUCCCGUCGCCUCAUCUUCCUCCACGAGCCUUCCCUGUCCGCGCGCGCUCUCCCCCUCGCUUCCAUCGUCCACCCGUACCCUCCCCAUCGCAGACACAACCACAACCCCCUCCGCUCCAUCUUCUCCUCGUCCUCCUCGUCGUCGUCGCAUCAUCCGCGCAUCCGCCUCCAGAUCUCCCUUCCCCCAUCGCGAUCGGAGGUCGUCGCCGUCGUCGUCACGUGCAAGGCGGACGUGGAUGUGUUCUACGGGAGGUUGCUCGAGGCUAUGCGCGCUAGGGCCUGGGAGGCGGCCCCCGCGGCUGUUCCGGCGAGCGGCGCCUCGGCGGCGGGUGGAUCCGCGCCCGCGGUGGAGGAGGAUAUUGCGACCAGGAUGCCUGUGGUUGGGGUCUCGGGGAUACUGCGGAAGGAGCAGGAAACGUGGGAGAGUGCGGGGCAAAACUUGCAGGAUGCCUUCCAGGAUCUCAACGCACUCAUGAGCAAAGCCAAGGAAAUGAUGGAGUUAGCUGAGAAAAUGAGGCAAAAGUUGUUGACGAAUUCAUCUGCUCAAUCGAAUUCCGGUGAUGAAGAGAUGGGAUCUAAGCAAGACAUGCAGGAUUUGCUACUGAGUGUUGGCAUCGUGUCUCCUGUGACAAAAGAAACGGCUGGUGCUUUGUACCAUCAGCAGCUGUCAAGACAGCUGGCUGACUUCGUAAGAAUACCAGUUGAGAAAGCAGGUGGUAUGAUCGCACUAGUUGACGUCUACUGUCUCUUCAACCGUGCUAGGGGAACAGAGUUGAUUUCACCAGAGGAUCUCUUGCAAGCUUGCUCCCUUUGGGAGAAAUUUGACGUCCCAGUAAUGCUCCGGAAAUUUGAUAGUGGAGUGAAGGUGAUCCAGACCAAGUCGCAUAGUGAUGAUGAGGUAUUUGCAAGAAUAUCAUCACUCGCACAAAAGCUGAAUGCUCUUCAGAAGGGAAUAAGCCCCAGCGAUGCUGCAUUGACACUGGGGAUCACACCAGCUUUAGCGAAGGAGCAUCUUCUGAAUGCAGAAAAUAAAGGCCUCCUCUGCAGGGAUGUUAGCCCAGAUGGUUUCCGCUUCUACAUCAAUUUGUUCAAUGAAAUUGAUCCCAAAAAUAUAUAUUUGUCAAAAACCUACGGGCUAUAUCACACUUGGAUCUCUGUGGCAACGGCAGCACAUUGACACCAUUUGGAUUUCUUGACUUUAGCUGGUUGAACCUUUGAUGUGAGUUCUUGUGUGCCUAUAUAGCUAUACUGUCGUUCUUUAUCUCAUUCACAAGGUGUAACAAAUUCAUCAUUAUAAGUCGUGGUGAGGAUUCGAUUACUUUGGCAUCCUUUUUUUUUUGCCAAACAAGAGUUGAACAGCGGAAGCCCUGUAAUGAGGGCACAUUUUUCUUCGCCAGUUAUUCCGUGAUCCUGGUUUCGUCAUUC